CUCACAAUUAGACUCGUAUAAAUGAUUUAUAUAAAAUUUAGACCCGUUUUGGAGUCUCGGGAUGGACAUCUCAUAAUCUCGAGCGCAAAGGACAGAAACAUUACGUUGAAGAUAAUGGGGGGCGGUUACGUGAACGUCAACGAGAUCAAUCUGCUUCACGUAGCAUCGGCGGCCCAAAACGCCACGCGGGUCAUCGACAGGUGGCGGAUGGGAUAUUUAGCCGAGAUGGAGAACUCUCUUCACCAACUAACAACUAUAGUGACAGGCUCUACAGGCUUACAGAGAAGAAUCGCCCUCCUCGAGAGAAGUAUCGACACGAACGGUACGAUUCGCGGAAACAGAUCACAUAUACCGAAUUUUGGUUCAUUGCCGGGCACAGCCAGAAGCAGCAUUCGUCGUAUCAACGUCCGACUAAAAGCAUUAGAGGACGCACUAAGAGCCAUGCAAAUACUAUUGCGAGAGAACGAAUGCCAGAGUAACCCAUGUCAAAAUGGAGGUACUUGUGAAGAUCUCUACGAUGGCUAUCAGUGUCAUUGUCCAUCAAAUUGGGAGGGCUCGAACUGUAUGGUGGACGUCAACGAGUGCGCGAGAUUUCUUGGUACGGAUCUUGGAUGUCAAAACGGAGCGACUUGUCGUAAUUUGCCUGGAUCUUACCGAUGCGACUGCUUGCCGGGAUGGUUUGGCCUUCAUUGCACGCAGAAAACAUCGAUUUGCAAUACGGAGAAUUCCGAAGCGCUUUGCGGCGAGCACGGUGUAUGCGUCGCAAAAAGCAGUUCUUCACUUGGAUAUACGUGCAUCUGCGAUCAAGGAUGGGAGAGCGACGGUACAAGCCCAGCUUGCACCAAGGAUGUAGACGAAUGCGCAGCGGCCCAUCCACCUUGUUCUGUAAAUCCACCGGUACCGUGUCGCAAUACUCGCGGUUCAUUCACUUGCGGCGCUUGUCCGCACGGCUAUAGCGGAAAUGGCUACUAUUGCACCGACAUUGACGAGUGCCUUACUAACAACGGUGGCUGCAGUACCUCUCCUUAUGUACAAUGCGUAAAUACAAUGGGUUCCAGAACAUGUGGAGCUUGUCCUCCAGGAUACCGUGGCGAUGGCGUGAGUUGCAUUUUUGUCGGCGGUUGCGCCAUCAACAACGGCGGAUGCCAUCCAUUAGCUACCUGCACCGAGAAUCCAUCGCUUACAAGUUCUUACGUGCUGUGCCGUUGCCCACCGGAUUACGUCGGUAAUGGAAUGGGACCAAACGGCUGCCGAUUAGCUGAUGUAUCACUUAAUUCACAUUGUUCCAGCAACCCUUGCGUUCAUGGCACAUGCGUGCCGGUAUUUGAACCAAACGGUGCAAAUGGCUUCACUUGCACAUGCAAUUCGGGAUACUCAGGGCCUACAUGCAACAUACCAGCAGAUCCGUGCUCACCCAAUCCUUGUCGAAAUAACGGUAUUUGCACCAUCUUAAACGGACAGGUAGCAUGUCAGUGUACAACUAGCUUCUCAGGGAACAGGUGUGAAACGCCACGGCAAACGUGCGGCGGUGUGUUACGGAAUCCCAUGGGAACACUUCAGUUCCCCAUGGGCGGUAGUACUUACCAGCAUGGCUUGAGUUGCGCUUGGGUAUUAAUCACGGAACUCUCUAAGGUUCUGAACGUCACCUUUACGACUUUUAGUAUCGAGCAGUCUACAGAUUGCAAGUUUGAUUUUCUGCAGAUUCACGAUGGUAGAAAUGCUGGUAGUCAAAUGAUUAAUCGUUUCUGCGGUCACACAUUGCCUAACGAUAACGGGACAAUCAUUUCGUCCCAUAACACUCUGUACUUGUGGUUCCAUUCGGACAACAGCAUAUCUCAUGACGGAUUCACUCUUCGUUGGAAUAGCAUCGAUCCUAUUUGCGGAGGUGUUUUAGAAAAUAAUUACGGUACAAUCACGUCUCCAGGUUCGCCUGGAAGAUAUCCUCCUAACAGAGAUUGUUUCUGGAGAAUCUCUGUCGCUGCCUCGAAGAGGAUUCAAUUCCACUUUGGUCAGCUGAUGCUCGAGCAAAAUUGUGAAAAUGACUACGUUGAAAUUACCGGUGUGGAAGACGAACGUUUAGGAUUAUUUUGCAAUCACACUCGUCCACCGCCUCUGACUACACCGGCUUCUGAAGCAACUGUUCAUUUUCAUUCUGAUGGUUCUAAUCAAGAUGCUGGCUUCCAAAUCCAUUACUCAAUGAUUGAAGGUAUACCUGGUUGUGGUGGAACUUAUACUAGUGCCACUGGAACAAUCAGUUCACCAGGUCACUCGUCAUCGUAUCAGCCAAACAUGGAAUGUGAAUGGAAGAUACAAUUGCCAGCAAACGACCGAAUCCGAGCAUCUUGGCUGAAAUUUGAGCUUGAAGCUUCCUCCGAUUGUCAGUUUGAUUUUGUCGAGAUUUACGAUGGACCUAACACACUUUCUCGAAUACUCGGUAGAUACUGCGGUUCAGAUAUACCGCCAGUGGUCAAGUCAAAUUCGAAUAAUCUAGUUAUACUUUUUAAAUCUGAUUGGUCUUAUGAAGGGGAAGGUUUCAUAUUAUCGUAUGAAACUUUAUGCGGCGGUGAAUUCCACGAGAGUAGCGGAAUUAUCAAGUCGCCCUUCUAUCCGGAAGCGUAUCAUCACUCGAGAACGUGUGUUUACGAAAUCAUACAACCGCCUGGGAAAGGAAUUAUAUUAACUAUAGAAGAUAUAGACAUCGAAGGCAGUGAUCAGAACUGCUACUACGAUUACGUCGAAAUUUUCGACGGCGAUAACGAAAAUGCGACGAAACUCGCCACAUUAUGCGGCGAUGAAAUCAUGUCAGAUACUCGUUACUAUUCUACACAUAAUUUCAUGUACUUAAAGUUUACUACCGAUAGCAGUAUCGAUGGUCGAGGUUUCAAAGCAAACUACACAACCAUCGAUCGUAGAUGCGGUGGAUUGCUGAAGGAAUCAACUGGUGUGAUUCAGCCUCCUAUUGGAAAUGGAGUUUAUUCCAAUAACGAGGAAUGUAUCUGGACUAUUCAAGCACCGCCAGGAUACGUAAUACACCUCAGUUGGAUGUCAUUUAAUUUAGAAUACCAUUCUAGCUGUGACAGCGAUUACGUCAACGUUUACGAAAACUACACCUCGUCCGACCAAGACAUACUAGCCACAUAUUGCGGUAGCACUAAACCGCCUGAUUUAACGACACAAGAACGUACACUUACCAUACUCUUCCACACUGAUUCGAGUGUUACAAGUGAAGGAUUCGUUGCUACAUAUAUUUUCAUGGAUGUAACGAAGGUCUGCGGUGGUCACUACUCGAAGACAAACGGCGUUAUUAGAUCGCCAAAUUACCCUGAUUAUUACCCAAAUAAGAAGGAUUGCGUUUGGAUCAUCGAAGCACAGAACAGAUUUAGAAUCAUUCUCACGGUCAAUCACUUUGAAUUGGAAAGACAUAUAUCUUGCGCAUUCGAUUACUUAGAAAUUAGGAACGGUGGACAUGAAUCCGCGCCGUUAAUUGGCAAAUUCUGUGGCACAGACAUACCUACUGAAAUACCGAGUCAAGCCAAUCAAAUGUAUAUUCGAUUCGUCUCGGAUUUCUCGAGAUCAAUGCAAGGUUUCGAAAUAGAAUGGGAUAGCACCACGCAAGGCUGUGGUAGUAGCUUGACCGCAGUUGCUGGGGAUAUUAUAUCUCCAAAUUAUCCUGAACCUUAUUCAGUGAACGCGGAUUGCUUUUGGAAGAUCGCUGUGGCGACGGGUAGUUUAGUGCAACUCGUAAUAGUGGAUCUCGAUCUUGAGGAACAUACCAAAUGUCGUUAUGAUUUUCUUGAAAUAUUUGACGGAAUCAGUCGUCGCACAAAUAGAAGACGUUAUUGCGGUUCCAACUAUCCAAAGAUUAUUCAAUCCAAAUCCAAUCAAAUGACCGUUCGGUUCCGCAGCGACUUCAGUAAUUCCGGCCGCGGUUUCCAUCUGAAGUACGAAACGCAGUGCUACAACAAAUUACGUGGCUACUACGGUGUGAUAGAAUCACCGAAUUUCCCUAAUAAAUAUGAGCACUCGAUGAACUGCAGUUGGACCAUCGAAGCUCCAAUUGGUAACACGAUUAAUUUAACUAUAUCGCACUUUGAUCUCGAAGGAGUAUCAGGCCCGUCGUGCUCAUAUGACUACCUCCAAAUCUCGGAAGGCGACGAUAAUACUCCUAACACCGAGCUGGGUCAUUUCUGUGGGAAUAUCCUCCCAAAGAAAAUUGUUUCAACGCAACAUCAAAUGUUUAUAACGUUUAUUACGGACUCCUUUAUUGCCUUCAACGGUUUUCGGCUCGAAUGGACGGUGAAUGGUUGUGGCGGGCAUUUGAUUAAACCGUACGAUAGGUUCACGUCGCCUGGAUAUCCGUCAGCUUAUCCAAUGAAUGUCGAUUGCGAAUGGCUAAUCGAAGUGGAUUACACGCACAGCGUCGAGCUCACAUUUUACGAUGUGAACACUGAGAAGCGCACAGGCUGUUUCUUCGACAAGAUUCAAAUCUACGAGGGCGACGACACGGACGCGCCAAAAUUAGCCGAGCUUUGUUAUUCGGAGAGGCCAGUGACGUUCACUAGUCCUGGGAACAAAAUGUUCGUCAAGUUUCACUCGGAUUCAUCGUACGCUAAUCGAGGAUUCAAUGCCAGCUAUAAGAGCGUUCCUAUUGGAUGCGGUGGUAAAUUUACAACAAUCUCGGGCAUUAUUCACUCGACUAAUUAUCCGCAGAAUUAUCCGGACAUUCAGAAUUGCGAAUGGCUGAUAGAAGUCGACAGCAAUCACCUCGUGAAUCUCACGUUCCUGGACUUUGAUCUUGAGAACACUAACAAUUGCAGCGACGAUUCCGUCAAGAUCUUUGAUGGCGCAACGAAAGAUGAUCUGUUAUUGGGAAUGCAUUGCAGUAAUGAAUUACCACCGAGUUAUGUUUCGAGUAGUAAUCAAAUGCUAGUAGUUAUGCGGAGCGAUAGUUUAAUUUCAGCCAAAGGUUUCAAAGCUCAAUACACUAGAGCCUGCGGUGCUCGUAUAAUUGUAAAGGAUCAAGGUUACAUUACGCCCCCGACUGGCAAUACCGACGUGCAAGGAGACACUAAUUGUACAUGGAUAUUGGUAGCAGAAAAUCCAGGCGAUCAUAUAACUAUCACUUUUACGCAUAUGGAUAUUGAGUCCUUGGAAAUUAGAGCGGAACCUCGAUCGGAUUAUCUCGAGUUAAUAAAUUCUUGUACGUGGCUCUUCCUCCAGGUAACAGAGGGCGAAAGCCCAGAUGGACCAGUUUUAGGAACAUGGUGUAACAAUGUCUCGCCACCGCCGAUUACGAGUACCGGAAGUUCGCUCACGCUGCAUCUAGUCGUACACUAUGAGUUCUUAGGUCACUUCGCUGCUAUUUACUCGGUACUGAAUACAGGCUGCGGCGGAAAUUACACAUCCGAACAAGGAAUAAUCACCUCGCCCGGUUAUCCGAAUAGUUAUCCCCUGAACGCAGAAUGCGUUUGGAUUCUGAAUACUUCCCCCGGGAACAAGAUCGCUCUCGUCUUCUCCGAGUUCGAUAUCGAGUCGAGCGAAAACUGCGAUAUGGACUAUCUUGAAAUACGGGAGGAUAGCGGAAUCGGAAAGCUCAUUAGUGUUUCUUGCGGCAGAGAUGCCAGCGAACUUACGUCCAGCAGCCAACUAUGGAUCAAGUUUAAGAGCGACGAUUCCGGCACUGCCAGGGGUUUUAAGGCUGAAUAUAAUAUCGUCGGAGGGAAUGAACUCGAAGGACCUACAGGACGCAUUACCUCGCCGUUAUAUCCAUUACCGUACAGGCGAAGCGCUACGUUCUCAUGGCGCGUCACUGUAGAAAUGAAUUCGCUUAUACGCGUUGAAUUCACAGAUUUGGAGAUAGAAAACAUCGGCGAAUAUUGUUUCUCCGUUAUCAAAAUAUUUGAUGGAUAUGAUGACGAAGCACCAAACCUACUAGAAGUAUGCGGCUAUUCUUUACCAGAUCCGAUAGAGUCGUCCAGCAAUGUGAUUUUUAUUACGAUGACGUCGGGUAUUGUCAGACAGGGGAAUUGGUUUGAUCUCACAUGGCUUCAGAUACCAAGAAACACCGAAGGGGAUAACAAGGAGAUCAAAUUGUCAGAGUGCAACAAAGAAGUAGCUUUAAUGGGUGACCGCAAUAACACGUAUUCCUUCAGUUCUCCUGGUUGGCCGACCGGCUAUGCUGGUAAUUUGCAUUGCAAUUGGGUCUUUACAUCGCCACCUGGAACACAUUUGGUAUUGAGAAUAAUGACAAUGGAUUUGGAAGAAACGAGUGAUUGCGUAGCGGAUUCGGUUUCCGUUUAUUCGGGAUACGCAUUGACAUCGACAACCGAUGCUCGUUUGGAGAGUAAAUUAUGCCUGGCAAACUCCAGUAUGUCUGUAAUCAGCGGGAGCAAUGUGAUGACAGUGAAAUUUGACACGGAUUCGUUUGAAAAUAAAACCGGCUUCAACGCAUACGUGCAUCGAGAUUGCGGAGGUCGAUUAACCGAACCCAACGGUGUAAUUGAAUAUGAUAAUUCUUCGUCUGUGAAAGCGAUACGCACAUGGCAUUUCACAUGUGAGUGGUCCGUGACAGUGAGACCUGGUAGAACUAUUAAAGUUCAGAUUACCGAAAUGUCGAUACAACAAAUGUCCGAUGAAUCAUGCGGUGAUAAUUACUUGCUGUUAAAAAAUGGAGAUGAAAUGCUUUCGCCUCUGUUAGGCAACGGAAAAUAUUGUGGUACAGUGACACCAGCGGAACUAGAAACCACCGGAAAUCGCUUCUAUAUUAAAGCUACUGGCAGCGGCCAUUAUUUUGGUUUUAAGCUCAAUUACAGAGAAGUAAGCAUGAAUUGUGGUGGCGACUUUAUCUUAACAAACAAGCAGAAGAAGUGGGAGAUAACAUCGCCCAAUUAUCCAAAUAUUCCUCCAACUUAUGCCGAAUGUAUUUGGAAGGCUACUGCUCCAGCUGGUGAAAGGCUCACUAUCCAUUUCUUGGAUAGAUUUGAUUUGAGUGCUUCCGAAAAUUGCGACAAAGAAUACGUAGAAAUAAGAGACGGUGGAACCGACGGCUCGCGACUCAUGGGCAAAUUUUGUAGAGACGUAGCACCCAGUAGUAUGAGUACUACUGGCAACAUGGUGUAUGUCCACUUUUAUACGGAUGUGGCAGAACCUAAGAAUGGAUUCAAAGCUGUAAUUACUUCAGGAGAGGUUUGUGGCGGAAUUUUGCGCGCUGCCAGUGGUGUCAUUGAAUCUCCGAAUUAUCCGCAUUCAUAUCCUCCAAAUCAAAAUUGCUCGUGGAUAAUAAUAGCACCAACAGAUCAUAACUUGAAAUUACAAUUUCGCGAUAUACAGCUUCCUGGCUUUCGUCAAUGCCUUUCGACUGAUCACGUCAGAAUUGAGGAACAACUUUUAGAAAAUAAUACUAUUUCAACAAUUGGUGCUUAUUGCGGUCUUCAAAAACCGGAAGUAAUCGAGACAUCGUCAAACAAAGCGUAUGUGUAUUUCACGAGUGACAACAGAGAAUUUGUGAGUUACAAAGGCUUUAGUCUAAACUUCACUGCUAGCCAAGAAACAUGUGGUGGUUCACUAACCGCACUGAGUGGAAUCAUCAAAUCACCUGGAUACCCUAAUCCACGCACAAGAGCAAGAUAUUGCGAUUGGCGAAUCAACUUACCGGUGGGUUAUCAAGUUGUGGUGAAUAUUUUGGAUAUAGACGUUGUUAACGAGCCUGGACCUACUCACGUGGGGUAUGCACUUUCGUUCUAUAACGAUUUCCGCUUUAAAUCGAAGAUCAAAGUCUUAGGACAAGGCGCUAGUACAGAAGAGAUAAGGAGUUCCAGUAAUACUAUGAUUAUCGGCUAUUGGUCCUCUGCCGGGCAUCGAGGUUUCAAACUUCGGUACACAGCUGAUGCUCCGGCUCCUUGUGGUGGAAAUGUAAGAGAAUUAGAAGGCAAUCUAACAGGACCCACACGUCUGCCUUUUAAUGAAUCUUCAUAUAAUUGCCACUGGAAACUGGAACUACCCGCAAAUAUUCGAGCUUCUAGCGUGGAAUGGACAUUGACAAUAAAAGUCACCGGUCUUUUGGGCGGACCUGAACGUACCAAUCUUGUUAGAAGAAAUUGCAUCUAUCCUCAAUCAAUUGAACUUCAAGAUAUUGGAAUGUUAUGUGGAAAUAUAACGGAAGCGAAAUAUUUGAGAAGCCCGAAAUUAAUCAACGAACUAACGAUAAUGAACGGUACUUAUGGAAAAGGAAGAGUAGAUUUCAAUUUACAAUAUCGAUGGCAAUCCUGUGGUGGUGUAUUAGGAGGACCAAGUCACACCAUCAGAUCACCUACAACAAACGUUUCUUAUCCAACAAACUGCGUUUGGCAUGUAGAUUUUCCUGAAGGAGAAACGAUUAAGCUCUACUUCACCAAACUUGAGCUUGACAGAAACUGUGACAAGAAUUACCUUCUUGUCAAGAAUGGCGGAGCAAUGGCACCGCAGGUCGCAAAGUACUGCUUCACUAACGAACGUCUACUUGGAAAAUAUAACAUUACCAGUAUAUCGAAUCAGCUAUGGAUAGAAUAUUUUUCGUCUGAGAAUACAGGCAGUUUCGAACUUAAUGUAAUAACUGCCACCACAGGCUGCGGUGGUUCCUUACAAGGUCGCAGCCGCGAAAUCGCAUCUCCACGGUAA